AUAACAUCAAACUUUAAGCCGCAAGCUUACAGUCAAAGUAUAGCACGAUCAUUUACUCAGAACGUUUUCCUCGUCGCCAAAAUUUUUAAACAGAAGCUCCACUAGUAACACACCAAGCCAUUGAAAUAGAAACUGUUUGGUGCGAUGAAUUAAACCAAUGAUAUUAGAGAUUGCUUAGCGCGCAGAACAAAUUGUCAGCGCUAACUGUUAUUUUUAUUCGUCGGAGGUUGCGCAGACGGAAAUUAUAAUCUGAUCUUCUCGAUUGAAUUACUCCUUCGAUAGAUUUGUUGGCAUAUGUUUUGUGAUUCUGUUAGCCCCACUUCAAAUCCUAGUUGUUCAUCGUCCACAAACUCCAUUAAUGUGCACAUGAGUGAUAACCCUGUACUUAAAGUCGAACAAGUUCGUUGGUUUUAUCGCGACUCCACUAACAAACGUUGGAUACCGUUCAAUGGUUAUGAUUCUAUCAAUUUGGAGUUGAAUUAUCGAAGCCGUCUUGUCUGUGAUAAAAGCGAUUGUCUGUUUGAUCAAACUGGUUCUAAAAUAUGCAACUCAGAACACCCUUCUGUCAAUCACAAAGUAUCUGUAAGAGGUGGACUUUAUGAAGCAGAUAUAGAUGGGCGAUGUUGUGUUCCUACUUACUGGCCAGUUGAAAGGUGUCCCACACGUAUUUUGCGAGGUACUUGGUUUCGCGAAGGCUAUGGUGGUACCCUUGAACCUUUUGAUGAUGAGUUAAUGACUGAACGUUUAGAAGCGGAGUACAUCACUUGGUACACUAGAAAAAAUCGAAAUGUUAUUUGGGAUAAACCUUUGUACUCAAGUAGCAGUUUGUUCACAAGAAUAGACGUCAGCACACCACUUCAUUCUGUUGUUAGCGCUCCAACUCUUCAGUACGCAGAUACUAUAAAAACAAGCGAGUCGGUUGCUGAAAAUUCUCAGUCUUCUCGUUCUGAAAAUAAAGAUUCAACAAUUGGAGUAGAAAACUACUCAGAUGAUAACGUUUGUGGUUCCACUGUGCCUAAAAAACGAGUUCCUUGCCAAACGAUUCAAUUUACCGAUUGCCAUGUCGAUUGUUAUGGAGAAAAUGAGUUGUAUUUAUAUUAUGAAUCCACCAGCUUGUAUAUCAGACAAAAACUGGGAAUGCAGAAAGUCGGUACUCGUUUGUGUCGUGGUUUCAAUUAUUUGGCCUUGAAAGAGGAUAAAAUCGCUGAUAUUUCUCACCUUUGUUUUGUUAUCCAUGGGAUCGGCCAAAAAAUGGGUACCAACCUUGUUCUAAACAAUUGUAAUGAGCUUCGUGAUACUUGUGAUAAAAUAAAAAGUCGUUACUUUUCACAUUUGGAUAAAGAAAAUAAACGUGUAGAAUUUUUACCCGUUGAAUGGCGAACUGUUUUACAGUUAGAUGGUGAUACAGUUGAAUCAAUCACUCCUGUUCAUCUUCGAGGAUUUCGUACAGUUCUGAAUAGUUCUGCUAUGGAUAUUAUGUAUUAUACUAGUCCUUUGUAUCGAGCUGAAAUUAUUUGCAGUUUAAAAAGUGAACUCAAUAGAUUAUAUGAUAUGUUUCGUCGGUUGAAUCCUAAUUUCGAAUCUCGAGGUGGAAAAGUUUCGAUAAUUGCCCAUUCUCUUGGGUGCGUCCUAGUUUACGAUCUAAUUACUGGUUGGAAUCAAGUCCCUGAUAAUGAUCCAUUAACUGAAAUCUUAUUGAAUAAAUCAACUGAUAAAAAAAUAUUUUCCAACUCUGCUUCCACAAAAUUGUCAGAUAUUACGGAUAAGACUUUAUCAAACAAUAACUUGGAUGUGCUAUAUCCUGACCAUAGACUAUCGUCUAAUGGAAACUUGGAACAAAUUGCCCGUGUUAAUAUUCGGUUGGAAACUGCAAGGACAUUAGUGAAUAAUUUAGAACAGGAAUUAAGCAGCUUGCUAUUUACUCGUGACAGUCACAUGAAUUGUGAUUCUCAGAAGUCAAAUGUUAGUAUUAAUCAUCAGAACGACCAGUCGGUAUAUAGUAAACCUUCAGUAUAUUACCCAAACUCUUCAUUACACCAACAGAAUCCUUUAUUGUUUGCGGAUAAUCUAGAAAACCUUUUCUGCUUGGGUUCACCUUUGGGCGUGUACUUGGUUUUGCGUGGUAUCCGCCCUGGUCCUUUUCAAACUCAAGACUCAAUUCUUCCUCGAAAAAUUUGUCGACGGAUUUUUAACAUUUACCACCCAGCAGAUCCUGUAGCUUAUCGUUUAGAACCAUUAAUUUUAAAAUAUUAUUCCACUAUCCAACCAGCUCUGAUUCAUCGAGUUGAUGCUGCUUCCAAACCAUGCUAUGACACACUUCCUUUGCUUGAAUAUUCUGGUAAAGAAUUCAAACAUCCAAAACCACACAACUGUCGAGUGAUAAACCCUUGCUCAGAUACAAAUCAACUUAUAACCACGCAAGAGGCAGAUUCCUCUAGACCUUUAUCAAUUGCUAGUCGACUAUUUGGUUUCUUCUCACGAGCACCAUAUCUACCUGGUGGAAGUCAAGAAACAGGAGGGAUUGAUCUUAAUCUUUCCGAAAAAAUAUAUAACCAUGACAAUGAUGAGAAGAUUAAUUCUAUGGAGAAAUGUUCUGAAUUUUGUAAUUCUACAAAUAAAAAAGAGCAAAAAACAAAAGAUUCUCUUACUUCAUCAUUAUCAUCUACUGAUUUAUUGGAGAAUGAUUUAUGUUGUCAUGAUCCAUUACAACUUGAAUGUCGAUUAGAUUUUCAAUUACAAGCAUCACGUUAUGAAAAUAUGUACAUUUCUCUAUUGACUUCACAUACUAGCUAUUGGACUAAUGCAGAUAUUUGUAUGUUUAUCAUGACAUAUUUAUUUCCAUUACAACCCGGUUCAACAGAUUAAUAUCAUAAUUCCAUUUUUGAUUAUCUCUAAAACAUUGAAUUAUUCUGUUUUUGUUUUUAAAUUUUUUUAAUUGAUAAGUACUCCUACCGUAAGAUGUUGAGCUUCAUUUUAUUUAGAUGUUAAACCUUGUCAUACUACUACUAUCUUGUCAUCAAAUAGAUUCAAAGAAUAUGAACCACUCACAUCAUUUGCUGAGUUGAAACACAAUUAUUUUAUAUUCCAUCAUAAUCAACCCGCUUAUUUAUUAAAUAACGACUUAUAUAUUGUAUUGAGUAAAACUUUCAUUCAGAAGAACGCUUUUUCUCAUCUGAGAUAAAAAUUUACCAGAAAAUACAACAAACAAGUAGGAAAACAAUUGAAUUUUUUCAUACAACAUUACACACUCUGUAUAUUUUGUGUAUUUUGUUUAUGGACGAUCAGUUCAGAUCACUAAUUCCAUCUUUAAGUCUUUCAACAAUUGUGUACUUUAAGUGUUUGUUAUUGUUGUCAAUGUCAUUGUAUUUACCAUUUAAAUAUUCUGAUAAAUUUUUUUCUUCUUAAUAACAAUGAAUUUCAUUUAUUAUUGUUAAAUGUUGACAAGAGGUAUCACAUAUUGUAGACUAAUUUCUUAAAAAAAUAAUUUUUUCCUACCAUACUAAACAUUCAUUCAUUUAUCAAAUGUCUUUUUUUUCUUUUCAUUAUCACUUUUUUCCACCGACAUUUCAGCAUUUUUACUCGGUAUCGUUGAGGUUUUUCAAUAUUUUCAUCAUUAUUUCGAAUAAUGCUUUUUUUAUAAUGGUAUAUAAAUGUAGAAUGCAGUCGAAACUUUGGGUCGAGAUCAUCUCUUUUUUGUUGAGCGGUCGUUGUAAUUUAAUUUUGAUGUGUAUGAUUUUGAUAUAAGAGUAUAGUCAGAUAUUUGAAUGAGGAAAUCAAGCACGGAUAGAAAGCUUUUGGUGACUAACCCGAAUGGAAAUAUAUACACACACUUAUUCAUUAUUAUAGAAAAUUGAGUUAAAGUUCGAGUCAAUAUGGUAUAUCUGUCAACCCCGGAUAAUUCAGCUAAAUCUUAACCAAUAGCGUGCACUUAUUAACAGCUCUCAUCAUUUGAUCGUGAGUUGAUAUAUCUGACCAACUCAGACUAUCACAUUUCAUUUCCGAAAAAUAUGUCUUGCUUUUUAGAUCCGACUGCAUGAAUUAAGGUGAGGAUACAUCAGACCUCAACUUUUUCAAUAUUCAUCAAGUGUAUCACAACCAGUACUUUCUGCUAUUUUCCCGUCCAUUUUAAUAGGCGAGCGAUAGAUAUUAGCAUGUAAUAUCCAUUUCGUGUUUCUCAUCUGAGAUUUCGGCCUGGACUUCACCGACAUAUUCAUUUUAGGGUAGUUGCAUAUAACUUCAACCAAAAUUUCCCAACUGUUACAAGUAUUAAUCACACAUUACUAAAGCUAUAAUUUUGAAAUUCUUUUUUUUCUGGAUUAUCGUAAUGAGUUAUAUAAUCAGUCCUAGAUAAUAUACUUUUAUGUCAUUGACAGAACUUAUUUAAACAUUUCAAGUCAAAGUGCAAUCUCUAAUAGUUAUUUUAAUGAAGAAUAAAAUUUAUCUUCUAAAAUAACUAAAAAAAAUAUACCGCCAUGCAACUGCCACUUCUGAUCACUUGAUUCGUAGAUGCAAUUUAGAAUUUUCGUUUACAACAUUGCAAGGAUUUCUUUAGAAUUAAAAUAGUUCUGGUAUCCUUACACCAAGUAUGUAUAGUAGUUUAUGCAAACUCACUCUGUAUUUUAUUUCUAAGUUAUUCUUGUUAAAAAAUCAUUUCACUGUUCCAAUAUCCGAUACACAUUAGUUUGUAAAAUCUAAUUAUCAAUUGUUGUCAUUCAACUAACAUUUUAUCAUUCUAUAGGCACAUAAUGAUGCAAUAAUUAAUACAUCUGUAUAUCAUUUCUUAUGAAAGAUUUCAUAAAAGAUAUUUUUCAUAAUACUUAAGAAUCUAUCUUAAAAAGUAUAUAUAUAUCACUUUAUCCGGUUUCUACAGUAACAUUUAUGCAUAUUCUCAGCUUGCUUCUUAAUUACAUGCUUAUAUUGUGAGGGGGGAGGGAAAUCAUUUUAUAUAAUAAUAAUUAUUAUUACUAUUACUGUUGUUAUGAUUAUUCGAUGAAAACAAUUUUCUAAUGAUGAUAUUUAUGUGAUCUUAAUUACGAUAAAACUAUCACCAAUCUCUCUUUUUUCCAUCUUUAAAUGUUUAUAAUCUGCAUUCCAAUUCUUGGUGUUUCUUUAUUGUAGGAAAAUAAAAUAUUCUUCCAUUUAUUUUUUUUCCUUUAAAACUUACAAUCAUAUUAGAUGUAAUUAUUAUUUGAAUAAGAAAUUUUCUCUCUAUUUUCUAAAUUUUUCUUUAAAGAACAGAGAACGACUUUUUUUCUCGAUGUUCACCGUUUUUUUGUUGUUGUUGUUGUGUUGUUUUAUACAGAUGGUGUAUACACAAGGGUUAAUUGCCCAGCUUUGUAUAAUUUCUGAAAUAUGAAAAAAGUAUGUUAACCAUAAGAAAACCUAACUGUUCUUAUCUAUGUUUAUUUUCUACAAGGUGUUAUAACGUGUGCGUGCGUGCGCCCUAUUUGAUAUGUGAACGUGAUGAUUCCCACCAACGAGAGAGCAGUGAAUUUAUUGGCCGCCCGAUGAUACACAAAAGCUGUAUGAGCAGUCUUGAGUACUUAU